AUGGCUUCAGUCAACUCGGAUUCCCUCACUUUGGAGGAAACUAACAAAGUUCGGGUCUCACUUGGUCUAGCACCUAUCGGUGGACCUGUGGUCGAAGGGGAAGAACAACCUGUUGAUCGGGAUGAAAUUGCCGAGGCGAAUUACGCUAAGAGGAAGGAAGAUGAGAAAAGGAAGAAAGAGGAGAAGGAAGUCAAGGAGAGGAUAGAAAAAGCACGGAAUAGGUCGGCCCUAAACGCGAAGUUGAAGGGCUCAACUUUGGGUGACACCAAUACGGAUGACACGUUAUCGGCCAAAGACUGGAUUAAGAAACAAAAGAAACGCGCAAAGGAGAGAGAAAAGGAGUUGGCUUUGAAGAGACAGAAGGAAAUGGAAGAGGCAGAUGCUGCGGUGUAUGAUGAACGCGACCUAGCAGGCCUUAAGGUCAGCCACGCUGCGGACGAAUUCGAAGAAGGACAAGAUAUCAUUCUCACUCUCAAAGACUCCCGGGUGCUGGCUGGAGAAGAAGACGAAUUACAAAAUGUAAAUCUGAUGGAUGAAGCCAAGCUUAAAGCCGCCAAAGAAAGAAAGCGAAAAGCCCAAGCGGCAUACACGGGUCUGGAUGAUGAAGAAUUCGAUGAAGGGAGGAUAGGUCGUAAAGCGGAUAUCUUAGGUAAAUACGAUGAAGAUUUUGAGUCAGGAGCUUUACGAACGGAGGGGUUCAGACUCGGUGUACCUCUGCAAGAAGCGAAAGAGGAAGUCAUGGACGUCGAAGUGGUUGGUAGAGCACCAGAUGUGAAGUUGAAGUUGAAUUUGGACUUUACCAAGGAUUUCGAAGGGUCGGAUUAUGUCAAAGAAGGCGAGUCAAGCUUUAAAAAGCCAAAGAAGAAGAAGGUCAAAAGAUCCGCUCGACGAGCAGAGGACGAAGAAGAUGCAGACGGGAUGGAAGUGGAUGGUCAACCAACAUUAUCGAGAAGAGUGGUGGAUGAUGUUCCUCAAAAUUUGGUCGAUGAUGAUGAUCUCCAAGCCGCCCUCUCGCGCGCUCGUCGAGAGCAGGCGAAGAAGAAGCCAAGAAGAAAACCGGAAGAUAUCGCCGCUCAAAUCGCUUCACGAACCCUUGAUGACGAAGAAAUACAACCUAUCAACGGCGACGAAGACGGUCGUAUAACAUUUGACGAUACGUCUGAAUUUGUUCGGAACGUCAAUGCAGAAUCCCUAGCCUCUAUCGUCAAACGUGAACGAGCAACCACUCCGCCUUCUCAGCCCCAGGAAACGGUGGUACUCAAAGUCGAACGUCCUCAGGAUAUGGGCCAAGAUGAAGAUAUGGAAUCUGAAGAUGAAGAUGAGGCACUGGCGGAGAUGGCAGCAAGAGAAGGUUUAUCCGUUGAAGAAUAUCGUUUGAAAAUCGAUCGUCAAAUGCAAGAAAUGAACGAAAUCAAAGUGGAACAAGAGGAAGAAGAAGUUAAACCUUUAGGACAAGGUCUCGCUGGUGUUCUCAAUGUUUUGAAACAACAAGGAACUAUAAAAUCUCUCACUGCGGAAGAUCAAGAGAGGGAAAAGGUACAAAAACAAAAAGAUCUUUGGUUGGCAGAUUAUCGUCGACGUAUGGCUGAAAGAGAGCUGGCAAAGGUACAAGCUAGAGGAGGUAAUAAAGAUCAAGCUCAAAGAGAGUGGGAGAAUAGGGUUAGAGAACAACAAGAAGCUAGAGAAACUUUAGAAUUGUAUAAAAGUUAUAAACCUGAUAUCAAUCUUGUUUAUCAUGAUGAGUUUGGAAGACAGAUGACUCCUAAGGAAGCUUGGAAGAGUUUAUCACAUAAAUUCCAUGGUAAAACAUCAGGUCGGAUGAAAACACAAAAACGUUUGAAGAAAAUAAACGAAGAACAAAAUCAAGUAAAAAUGUCAGCUUCGGAUACUCCAUUAGGUAUGACAGAUGCUUUUGCCAGACGACAACAAAAGACAGGAGAAGCACAUAUGGUUUUAUCAGUUGGAAAUAAGGGAUCUGUUCAAGCUGGUGAUAAGAAACCGAAGAUUAGACGUUAA